CGGGAGAUCAUGAUCAGGCGCGUGAUGCAGCUCACCGCCGCAGAUACGCGUGCUAUAUAAAGCCAAGGCGCACCACAACCAGAUUACAACCAGCACAAGCUGUCAGAGAGGAAGAGUGCUGCUGAAAUCACUUGUCCAGAAGAGACUUCGGAAACAAACACGACAUGGAGGCUGGAGCGAGAGGGAUGCACUGGAAACUUUUGAUACUUUCUUGUCUUUUGGCGGACGGGAUGAGCCAGGACUUUGGACAGACCCAGUUCAUUUGCACGUCCGUGCCCAAGGAUAUGGACAUAUGCGCCGCUACACUGCAGAACAGCGUGCCUGGGGAGGAUCUCAAGAGCACGGUCAUGCAACUCAGAGAGACGGUGCUGCAACAAAAGGAAACAAUCAUGAACCAGAAGGAAACCAUCAGGGAACUGACUUCCAAGCUGACAAGGUGCGAAAGUCAGAGCGCGUCUGAGCCCGGACGACGGAAGGAAAUGGGCACUAAGAACACAAUGGGAGAUGUGUCGAGGGGUCCGACGGACACACUGGCUCAACUCUCGCGGACUUUACAGUCACUCAAGCAGAGGCUGGAAAACCUGGAGGUUGCUAAGCUGCCUUUCCUGAUCAAUGAUGGGAAAUGGCAUCACAUUUGCAUCACAUGGACCACUCGAGACGGAGUGUGGGAAGCUUACCAGGAUGGUGUAAUGAGAGGAAAUGGGGACAGUCUGGCCCCAUACCAUCCAAUCAAACCACAAGGGGUAUUGAUUCUGGGACAAGAGCAGGAUACUCUCGGCGGAGGGUUUGAUGCUACUCAAGCGUUUGUCGGUGACAUGGCGAAUUUCAACAUCUGGGACCGAAAGCUGUCCGUGGGAGAGAUUUAUAACCUGGCCACAUGCAGCAGCAAAGCACAAGUGGGGAACGUCUUCUCUUGGUUGGAAACCAGCAUUGAGGUCUACGGAGGGGCUUCGAAAUGGACAUUUGAGGCCUGUCGCCAACUGAACUAAAGAGCACAGAAAUCUCCCAGCCAAUGAGAGAUAUUAGUUUCCAGGUGUCUGUUACCAAAUCAUGCAUCCUUAAAGAACAUUGUCAAUCAAGAACAAACAUAGACAUCAAAAUCAACUGGACUUUUCUAGAUAUUUCAAUAUUUCUUGUCUCUUAACACUUAAAACAAUCACGUUUUUGUCAUUUGUUUCUGGACCUUGAAGGCAAAUGCUGGUGUUGGUCUUAGUUUGAAGGCACCGUGGUUCUGCUCUUCUCUGGUUGUCUGUUGGGCAAGCAACGCCUUACCGGAAAACUACUUAACAUGAUACGGCUCAGACUUCCAUCUUUACAGCCUGGAUCAUUAGACCACUUCCUUCGAAGAGGAAGCCAUGUAGUCUCGCAGUAGAUUUCUGAACCACUUAGGUUAAUGUUCCCCAUCAGGAUUAUUAGAUAGAUCUACCCACUGCCUGGGAUACUCACUGUGAACUUCGGAUGUAGAAUGUAAAAGAAGCAAAGCUGAGUGUGUUCUUUUCUUCUUCUUUUUUUUCUCAUGCUUUUCUUCUGUCUUAUCACCUCCUGCUUAAGCAUUUUUGUUUGUUCUUUUUUUGUUGGUGUGUCUGUGUAUGUGUGUGUGGGUUUGUAAAAAAAA